AGGGAGAACGCGAGAGGCCAUGUGACGGACCCGCGAUCAGAUAACUUUAAUACUACCGUUCUUCGGACUUCGACAGUCCACACAAUCGGAAGUGCCGCUUGCAUCCGAUUAUUCGCCUGUUAAACUUGCACAGUUAGACGAAAUCGAAGCGAAACCAUGUGAGGGAAAUAUUCUGUCCGAUAAGAAGCCGUAAUUCCCUGUUCGAAGAAAGGGAAAAUGACGUUGAAAAAUGACGUUCAAAAACGACAGCCGAGGGCAUGGCUCUGGCGCCAGAAUCGGGCAUGGGAAAUUCUUGGCUCUCGUGGACGGAGAAGGCCGUUCGGUUCCGUGUUUCCUUUCUCCUUGCUUGAAACCCAAUUUUUCCGAGACAACGAGGAAGGUUCCCCGGAUAUUACCUCCAUGCCUCAGUGCGCGCAAUCACCCGUCCUAGAAGCUAUUUCUUCCUCAAAGUGCGGCCUGACUGAUGUGAAGUGCAUCUGCACUGACAAAGACUUUGUUUCUGGCUUACUGGAGAAGAUUCCAAAAGUUUGCAGCCCAGAGGACUUUGCUGCUGCUACUAAGGUUGCUGUUCAGCUCUGCAAUGCCUAUGGAGCAUCUCUCUCAUUGCCAGCUUCUCCUACCACAUCUGCUUCUUCGGGUUCUUCUUCUGCUACGGCUACUGCGACCGGAUCGACGGCGUCUCCAAACCCAGAUAACUCGGGAUCCUCCUCUGGGUCAUCGGCCAACCCGCCUGCUGCCACGUUUACUGACGCUGCGGUUAUGAACAAAGCUGGUUUGAAACUCGCAGGCCUUAUAGCAGUUGCUGGCGCGCUGGCUUUGUGACUAGAGAUGUGGUAGUGUCCAGCUCUUAAAUAUAUAUUGCGUCUUGGAAGGGAGGGAAGAUAGAUAAUAUAUAUGUACUCCGUAUAUACGCAUCAUACAACG